AUGCGUUACCGGCAGACCGACUCAACCAGUCUCGUGGGCACCAUGACCGUGUUCGCCUUGAUCAUCAUCAACAAAGCUGGUGGCUUGGUCUACAACAAGACCUUCUACGAAGGCGGCCUCAGGAAGAUCAGUACAAACGACUAUCUCGUCCUGGCUGGUACCUUCCAUGGCGUCCACGCCAUCGCCUCCAGGCUCAACCCCGUCAGGCCGACUGCCCUCGCGCCCGGGACCAAUGGUGUUGUGAAUAGACCAGAGCCUUCGUCUGGCCUGGAGGUUCUGGAGACGGAAAACUUUCGACUCCAGUGUUUCAACACCUUGACCGGAACCAAGUUCCUGUUGUUCACGGAUUCCACGCAGGCCAAUGUGGAUGUCACGAUUAAGAGGAUGUACGAUCUAUAUUCGGAUUACGUGAUGAAGAACCCUUUUUAUGCAUUGGAGAUGCCCAUUCGUUGUGAUAUUUUUGACAGAAAGCUAUCGUCGUAUAUACGAGAAAUUAAUAAUCGAUAG